ACCCGUUAUGUGCGCCGCUUGACUAUAGCAACAGUUAUAAAUAGAAUGUGGCCGUCUACAAAAAUAAUUUCGAUACAAAUCGAAAGUCAGUACACGGAGGUUUAAGAAAAAUGUCGGAUCACUUUAAAGUACUCGAAAACGCUGAAUUCGGCCGAUAUUCUUGUGCCACGAAAAAUAUUUCCGCUGGUGAAGUAAUAUUCGAAGAAUAUCCAUUUGUUGUCGGACCCAAACCGAAUACUCCGCCGGUGUGUUUGGGUUGUUGUUGUCCCUUAGAUGGAAGUGCUGACGGUCCCCGAUGUCCACCAUGUCGUUGGCCAUUGUGUGAAAAUUGCAACGGAAACGACCUUCAUCGGGACGAGUGUAGGGUGUUCGUUGAAUGUAAAGUAUAUUUUCAGGAUUUUCCCAGCUUAGAGGAACCUUGCAUGCAACUGGACUGCAUAACUCCACUUCGAUUCUUACUGCAAAAAGAAGUGAACCCGAAACGGUGGGAUGCAGAAAUUGCACUAAUGGAGCACCACGUAGAGAGGCGGAGAUUAACGGAACAAUGGAACGCUGAUCAGCAAAACGUUGUACAAUAUUUGUGUGGUCCAUGCAAACUGCAGGACCGAUUUUCCGAAGAACUAAUUCAACAAGUUUGUGGAAUAUUGGAAGUGAAUGCUUUUGAAGCACGUACAACAUCCGGUUACAAUGUCCGGUGUAUUUUUCCGAAAACAGCCAUUAUGGCGCAUAGUUGUGUACCAAAUACUUCACACUCGAUUCAUCCGAGCAACGAAUUCAAAAUAGUGGUCCGAGCAUCAAUAAAUAUAAACCAAGACGACAUUCUGCACACAACGUAUACUAACCUUCUGGAUGGAACAUCGGCAAGGCAGACCCAUUUGAAAAGCAGCAAAUUUUUUGUUUGUCGAUGCGAACGUUGCAAUGACCCAACUGAGCUUAAAACCCACUUCAGUUCAUUGAAAUGCAGCAAAUGUGAUUUGGGCUUAGUCUGCAUAUCCGAUCCCAACGACAUCGAGAGCAUGUGGAAAUGCAGUCGUUGCGAUUUCAAUACCAAUGCAACAGCGGUUCAACGAGCUCUAUCGAUCAUCCAAACAGAAGUCGAUGCUAUACAAUCGAUGGAUUUCAGUGCAGAACGUUUGGAAAAAUGUGAACAAUUAUUUCGAAAAUAUCGUAGCGUUUUCCAUCCACAACACUACAUACAGACUGGUCUACGCCAAAAUUUAAUUGAAAUGUACGGACGUGUUGAGGGCUAUGAGCUACAAGAUCUGCCCGAUGUUAUGCUUGAGCAUAAAAUUGAUCUAUGCCGCCAGGUGCUGAACGUAUUGAACGUUAUUCAUCCCGGAAAAACUAGAUGCCGUGCUAUGUUAAUGUAUGAACUACACGCACCGCUAGUACUAAUAGCCAGGUCAGCGUAUGCAGCUGGUGUUUUACAAGGUGAUGCUCUCAAAUCAAAGCUUCAAGAAGCUGUCGAUUUACUCGAAGAAUGUACGCCAAUUUUGGAAUGGGAAGAUUCGACAACAGUGGAGUAUACGAUAGGGCGGAUUGCUAGAGAAUCGUUAGCACAAUUGAAAGAAAGCAUGAGAGCAAUUAUUUAAUUUGUGUUGCGAGUUUACUACAUACUCGAAUUUAUGUGCCUUCAGUUGUUUAUCCAAACAAUACCGUUCUGAGUCAUUCAAAUCAACGUACUGCAUCACUACAGAUUGCGCAGACCACCAUUCUUCUAGUAUAAAGCGUUAUGUUUGGCAUGCGCAGGACCUCGAUGACUAUAUACCAUACCACACAAUAUCAGCGAACGAAAAACUUGUAUUGUCGUACACCUAGCGAAGAAAAGUGGAUAUCGCUACCGACCACGACGAUAAGUUGAUUGAUGCUGCCUCCAGUCAGACGUUGCCAUUGCCUGACUUUGAUUGUAAUUGGUAAAUUGUGUAUCCAAACUUAUUUUAUUCAUCCACACAAUAAAGAAGAUUGAAAUCAUUGCAUAGAGAAUAUGUGUAA